AGUGACGAGGGCUGAACAGGCGAAGAAGCAGCCUACAGAAACGACACUCUAUCUUUUCACUUGACGGAGCAACCCUACGAGAUCAGCUUGAUCAGACACUGAUAGAAGACUACAGCUCAGACUACAGAGCCGGAGGAAGACUUUGCGAGAGCAAGAAGGAGCGAUUUUUAAAAGCCGUUUUUUGAAAAUCAACACUACCAGACUAAGAAAUAUGUUUUUCGGAAUGAGCAUGAUUUUUGCACUCUGCUUCACUUUCUUCAGCUGGGUGGGAGCUCAGGAGUGCCUUGGGCAAUGCCAGUGCCCUGAUGUGCCCCCUCAGUGCCCUGCAGGUGACAGCCUGGUCCUGGAUGCCUGCGGGUGCUGCCGUGUGUGUGCUAAACAACUAGGAGAGCUGUGCACUGAGAGAGACGUAUGCGACCCCCACAAAGGCCUCUACUGUGACUAUGGCUCACCAACCAAUCGUCGUAUUGGAGUCUGCACAGCUCGAGAUGGCGCUCCAUGUGUGUUUGGAGGAAAUGUGUACCGCAGUGGUGAAUCUUUCCAGAGCAGCUGCAAGUACCAGUGUACCUGCCUGGAUGGUGCUGUUGGCUGUGUGCCCCUUUGCGGCAUGGAUGUACGUCUACCCAGUGAGGACUGCCCUAUGCCACGCAGGGUCAAGGUUCCAGGAAAAUGCUGUGAGGAGUGGAUCUGCGACUCCCCAACCACCAAUACAUUUGUGGGCCCUGCUUUGCCAGCAUUUAGAGAAGAGGAGACCUAUGGCCCAGAUUCCUCCCUGAUGCGUGAGAACUGUCUGGUGCAGACUACAGAAUGGAGUGCAUGCUCAAAAACAUGCGGCCUUGGCAUCUCAACCCGUGUGACCAACGACAACCGUGAAUGCCGCUUGGAGAAGCAGUCACGCCUCUGCAUGGUUCGUCCAUGUGAAUCCCACCUCGAGGAGAAAAUCAGGAAAGGAAAGAAGUGCAUCCGCACCCCAAGAGUCUCCAAGCCAAUGAAAUUUGAGGUCUCUGGCUGCACUACCACCAAGGCUUACAGGCCCAAGUUCUGCGGAGUGUGCACGGAUGGCCGCUGCUGCACACCUCACAGGACCACUACCCUGCCCGUCGAGUUCAAGUGCCCCGACGGCCAGGUCAUGAAGAAGCAGAUGAUGUUCAUCAAGACGUGCGCCUGCCACUACAACUGCCCCAGCGAGAACGACAUCUUCGAGUCCAUGUACUACAAGAAAAUGCUUGGCGACAUGGCAUAAAAAGGAGCAAGAAAGUAAAAUGAACUGACUGGAGAAAUUCCGUCCACUUGAACGGACCUGAUAUCCAUCUCGUAUCACAGAACUGUACUCGUCUGUCUUUUAUUUUACAUGUUUUGUGUCUGUAUUUGUGUCUUGUAUCUGUAUUAAUGUACCCAGUGUGUCAUGAUGGAUGUCAGAAGCUCUUUAGCCCCAAAGUGGGUGAAAAGAAGAAAAAAGUCAAUACUGUCCGACAAAACUGUCGUAAAAACGACAAAUAAUACUGCACUAUAGACUAUGCGACACCGCCCUUGUCGCUAAUUGGCCUAAUUAUGAUUAGCCCCUUUCAGAAAACGUGGUGGGCGGAUCCAAAUUGUGGUGAGAGGUGAGAGGGGCAGCGGAUUGUAACCUACAGAACAGAAGCCAGAACGCCUCACCCAUGUGAGGGAGAGUGAGUAAGAAAGAGAUGAAUGUGCUCUUGUGUUUAGUUAAAGACCAGCAGAAGGUGGUUCCUGCAGCACUGAGUGUCAAACUUCGACUAACUGAUUCAGAAAGAGUCAGUACUUAUGUCAAAAGACGACUGGACAAUUUGCAGCUUCAUUUUUUUCUUUUUUAAAGCUGUAAAUAUUGUACAUAAUUUUGUACAGGUUAAGUUAAUUUAAAGUAAAUUUUAAAUGUUUGUCAUUGUUAUUUGUUUUGCUUCACUAUGUGUAAUGGUAGCUUGUUGUUUGCUGACGUGACUGUUCCUGUUACAGUUUGUGUUUUAUUUUAUUGAGAAAUGUGACCAAAAAGUUACAUGUUUUCAACUUUUUGUAGUUAAAUAAAAUAUUAUAUUUUUAUAUAAA